UAUUAUGAAUUCAAACACACUCUAUUUAAGUAGCAAACAUAAUAAACUUGGGAUAAUUUUAAGUGGGUGUGGAGAAAAAUUGAGAUUUAUGAAAAUAAGAGUGGUACUUAAGUUGAUGAUAAUGAUUUUUCUCUUAGUCUUCCGAUACCAGACAUUAGUAUCUGGAGCAAGAACUACUCAUUUUUCAGGUUAUCAUAACAUGAAGUUAUUAUUAUUAGAAGAUGAGGAUGGUGAUGAUCAUCAUCAUCAACAACAGCAGAAAGUGGCAGUAGUACAAGGAAGAAGAUCAUCAUCAUCACAUGAUGAGGUGGCACUGCCGCCGCCUUGGUGGUGGUCGGAGGAUUAUACGGCUCCCCACCGGCGGCGACCUGUGCAUAAUGGUUUACAACACUGAAUAUUUAUAUAUGUGUUGGUGUGGACCUUUAUAGCUUCUGCUUCAUCUAGCUAGCUAGCUAGCUAUUAAUUCCAACUAUUAAUUCUAUAUAUACUAUAUAUAUACUGUUAUUGUAACUUUCUGCUUUGUUAAUUUGUCCUUUAAUUUUUUGAGAUUUGGAUGUUGUUUCUUUUAUAUAUAUAUAUAUAUAUAUUUAUAUAUAUUGUAUGUAAUUUCUAUUAUCUAGGCUUGGUGGGGAUUUUUUUUUUGUUUGUUUCCAGUUCAACAAAGUAUUUAUAUAAAUAUAUAUUAAUUUUAAGUUAGAAAUUCUACUUCUCUACAUAUAUAUUGUACAACACUGUGGAUUUACAUAUAUUUAUUAUAUAAAUAUUUGUUUGAUCAGUCUGUGUUGAUACAUAUAAAUAUAUAUUAAUGCAAUAACCUCUGAUUUUCAA